UGACUUUAAAACUGUCUCCUCCAAAAGAAAAAAAAAAAGCCUGCAUGUCUCGUGAUUGGUGGUUAGAAAUCCUGUGGGCACAUCUGAUUGGCUGCUGGAAAACUUGCACACACUUCUGAUUGGUUGUUAGAAAUCCCCCAGGCACUUCUGUUUUUCUUCCUUCCCCUAUUCAUGCAUGUGUCAUUCAGAUCAUGAGACUGCUCGCUGUGUUUUCCUGCGAAUUCAGACCACAAAGUACAAACCAAAAUCCUUGUCCAGUAGUUAGCUAGGGAUGACUUUCUUUCAUCAUGGUGUGCUGCUGUUCUUAAAUACGAUCAGCCUUGUUUCAGGCCUGCAGGAAGCAGCAUCACCUAUUUCCCAGUUGCCUUUCUUCAGUGUGUGGAAUGCCCCUACAGCCAACUGCCUCUCUCAAUAUGGUGUGGACCUCGACUUGGGAACAUUUAGCAUCGACCAGAACCAAAAUCAAACCUUUAUGGGUGACAACAUUACCAUCUUUUACUCUGACAAGCUUGGUCUGUAUCCCAGGUACAGUAGCCAAGGGGUGGCUAUUAAUGGUGGGGUGCCACAGAACGCCAGUCUUGACAUGCAUCUUGAAGCUGCAUCUAACGAUAUCCGCACAGAUAUCCCUGACAGGGAUUUCCAUGGCCUUGCUGUGGUGGACUGGGAGAGCUGGAGACCUGUGUGGGAGAGAAACUGGGACAGUAAACAGGUGUACUGGGAGAGAUCAAAAGCACUAGUGAAGUCCAGGCACCCAGACUGGAGUCCUGCACAGGUAGAAGCUGCAGCCCGGGUAGAGUUUGAGAAAGCGGGGAGGAAAUUCAUGGAGGAAACUCUGAAACUGGGGCAGGAGGAAAGACCAAAUGGGUUGUGGGGAUUCUAUGGUUUUCCCAACUGCUACAACUACUACAGCGACAAAAGCUCAAAUUACACAGGAGAGUGUCCAGCUCCAGAGCUGAAGAGGAAUGAUGAGCUGUUCUGGCUGUGGAACACCUCCUCGGCUCUGUAUCCUGAUAUCUACCUCAGCCUUGAGAUGCGUGGCCUCAGCAGAGAGGUGCUCCUCUACAGUCAUCAUCGCAUCCUGGAGGCCAUGAGAGUGGGGGCUCAGGCGACUGCAUCAACGCCACCUGUGUUCCCAUACGCUCGCAUCGUCUACACCUAUACACUAGAUUUUCUCUCUCAGGAGCACCUGGUCUACACCAUUGGAGAGAGUGCUGCUUUAGGGUCUGCAGGCAUAGUGCUCUGGGGUGACCAUUUCUUCUCGAAAUCUCAGGCUACUUGUGAAGUUGUCAAGUCUUACAUCGACCAGACUCUGGGUCCCUACCUGGUUAAUGUAACAUCAGCAGCUGCUCUUUGCAGUCAGGCUUUAUGUUCCUCAAAGGGAAGAUGCGAGAGGAGGAACCCAACAUCAAGGACCUCCCUCCACCUCGACCCUGAUGUGUGGAAGGUAGUGACUGAGAAGAAACCAGUAGGGGGACCACACUACAGGGUGCUCGGGCAGAUGAGGACAAAUGACUUAACACACAUGAAGUCUCAGUUUCAGUGCAAGUGUUACUCCGGGUGGGGUGGGGAGAGCUGUUCCAAGCCGAAAAAGGGAUAAAAGAUUUUUUCUCACAGGAAAAAAUCUAAUGACAGUAUUAGUCCAAUAAAUAGCAUUCAAGUAUUUGUAAGUGUAAGUGUUCGCUGUGAUUGUACUUUAUAAACUUGAUUGAUUGAUUGAUUGAUUAAUUGAUUGAUUGAUUAAAGAAUGAACCACUCCAGAAGUAGACUGGGGCUCGUUCUGUGGCAUGUGGUCUGCUGUUAAUGCAAAUUUCCAAAUCUUUGACCAAUGCGUUUUCUUAUCGAAUACUUCUAUGUUUUUUUCUAAUUCAUAUGAAUCAAUGUUGUUUGUUGACCUUUUCUUUUAAAACAAAUCACUAAUUUACAAAGCUUGUAGACUAAUUUCUACUUUUCAUAGCAUGUACUAUAAUAAAUGAAGAAUGAAUUAUUCAAUGAAAAAAAAUGUGUCAAAUCUUGUUACUAUUUGAGUUCCA